AUGCCGGUCACAGACUUUGACUUCAAGGAGAAGUACCGUUAUCAGAACGGCUUCGACUCUUACUUCGAGCAAGUACAACACUUAUUAACUGAAGCUGUCCCGGAGGCCCUUACUGUCGCCCGCAACUCCCCGCAGAAGCCUCCACAUGGUCUCUAUGCUGAGAAGCUCUCCGGAACCGCCUUCACCGCGCCCCGUCACGAGAACAAGCAGUCAUGGCUCUACCGCAUCCUCCCUAGUUGUUCCCACCCGCCCUUCGAGCCGGCCUCUUCCCAGCCGACAAAUGGCCACGGCAACGGGCAACCCGUGGACUUCAAGGAGUCAGCCGCGACAAAGAUGCACUAUAUACCCAAUCAGCUUCGCUGGGAUCCCUUUGACAAAGCCUCAGGGGACACGGACUUCGUGAGCGGGCUGCACCUGGUCGCUGGCGCGGGAGACCCCACGAUCAAGUCAGGGCUGGGCAUCUACAUCUUCGCGGCCGCCAAGUCGAUGGACACCAAGCACGCCUUCUAUUCCGCGGACGGCGACUUUCUCCUCGUCGCGCAGGAGGGCGUGCUAGACAUUCGCACAGAGCAGGGCUGGCUGCUUGUCCGACCCAUGGAAAUCGCCGUGAUCCCGCGCGGUGUCAAGUUCGCCGUCUACCUGCCCUCGGGCCCCGCGCGCGGCUACGCCCUGGAGCUGUACCAGGGCCACUUCACCCUCCCCGAGCUCGGCCCCAUCGGGUCCAACGGGCUCGCCAACGCGCGGGACUUCCAGGCGCCCCUGGCCUCCUUCGACGAGGACUGCGGCAGCGUGGCGUUUGACGGGCCAAACGUGUACACCAUCACGGCCAAGUUCGCCAACAGCCUGUACCAGACGGCGCAGCCACACACGCCGUUCGACGUCGUCGCGUGGCACGGCAACUACUACCCCUACAAAUACGACCUGGGCCGCUUCAACACCAUCGGCAGCAUCAGCUUCGACCACCCGGACCCGAGCAUCUUCACCGUGCUGUCCGCCCCAACCGACCACGUGGGCACCGCCGUCGCCGACUUUGUCAUCUUCCCGCCGCGCUGGCUGGUCGGCGAGGACACCUUCCGCCCGCCGUGGUACCACCGCAACACCAUGAGCGAGUUCAUGGGGCUCAUCCAGGGCGGGUACGACGCCAAGAAGGGCGGCGCCGGCGGGUUCGUGCCCGGCGGCGCAAGCCUGCACAAUGUCAUGAGCGGGCACGGCCCUGAUGCCGAUAGCUACGAGGGCGCGCGCAACGCGGAGCUGCAGCCGGCCAAGGUCGGGGCAGGCAGCUGCGCGUUCAUGUUUGAGAGCUGCUUGAUGGUUGGGGUUACGGACUGGGGGCUGAAGACGUGUAGCAAGGUGCAGGAGGAGUACAGUCAGCACAGCUGGGGUGGUGUAAAGGUCCACUGGAAGAGGCCGGCUGGUGCGAAGGCGGAUGGGCAUCUAUUGAAGUGA